AUGAAGUCCUCUCUGUCGUUUGGAGCACUCCUGGGCCCGUUUGCCUUCUUGGCAGAUGCGGCUGUUAUAUCGAACGAUACUUGCUGCAAAGCGCUCGAGCGCGCGGGGUUUGCCUACGUUCUUUACCCCAGCGAUGAGCAGUACCAGAACCGAACCUCAUCGUAUUGGUCAGUCAGUGCGCAGCUGAGUCCGAGUUGUAUUGUGCAGCCAACUUCUACUGAAGAAGUCAGCAAGGUAGUCAAAAUCCUUGUAGCAGAGACUGGCUGCCAGGAAGAUCAAUUUGCGGUCCGUAGUGGCGGCCACACCGUGUGGGCUGGCUCAAACAACAUCGACAAAGGCGUAACUGUUGACCUUGGUCUUAUCAACUCCACCACUCUGGACGCUCAAACCAACAUCGCAUCUAUACAGCCAGGCUCCCGAUGGAAUCAAGUCUAUGCAACGCUUGACCCAAAAGGGUUGACGGUGGCCGGUGGUCGAGCGGGCAGUGUUGGUGUGGCGGGAUUUCUGACUGGAGGUGGCAAUUCGUUCUACACUGCGCAGCAAGGCUUUGCAUGCGACAACGUGAAGAACUUCGAGGUUGUGCUUGCCUCUGGGGAUGUUAUCAACGCAAACGCCAACAACAACACCGAUCUGUUCCAAGUGCUCAAAGGAGGCUCUGGGUCCAACUUUGGCAUCGUCACAAAAUUUGACGUGCAGGCUUUCGAAGCUGGCAAGUUGUGGGGUGGUACGAUGGUCUACCCGAAGUCCGUCGGACAACAACACAUCGAAGCAUACCAGGCGUGGACCGACAACGUCAACAACUAUCCUCAAGGAUCUUCGAUCAUCUUCUGGAGCUACCUGCCUGACAUGAAUGAUACUGUGAUCCUCGCCGCGUAUGAAGAUACUGCGGGUAAUGUAGCGCCACCUGCAUUCGAUAAGUUCCUGGCUAUUCCAGAUUCCAUAGCUUCCACGAUGAGAAUUGCAAGCCACAAAGAGUUGACAGACGAGCUGGAGCAGCCCGCAGGCUAUCGCGACAUUUGGUACACCCUGACGUUCAAGAACGAUGUACGCAUCUACCAGAAGAUCGUUGAACUACAUGAGCAGUUCGUGAAUGAGUGGAAGGCCGAGAGUUCUGAUCCAGACUUCAUCACUCAAUGCAUGUUCCAGGCAAUCCCCACCAGCUUCUCCAAGCACAGCGUGGAGAAGGGAGGAAAUGUUCUGGGUCUCGACAAAGAGACAGACAACGUUGUCAUGCUUCUAUAUGACAUUGCUGUCAAAACCCCAGAGCUCGAAGUUCUCGCAAGGGAGAAGCUCCAAGCCUCUGGACAAGCAAUGAAAGACUAUGCUGCCAGUCUAGACGGCUUAGUUGACUUCACCUAUCUCAAUUAUGCCGAUAGAUCUCAGGAUCCCUUGCACGGCUACGGUGCGGAGAAUGUGGCGAAGAUCCGUGCCGCUGCCGCAAAGUACGACUUCGAGAGGUUUUUCCAAACCCGCGUACCAGGUGGGUUCAAGAUAUCAAGGGUUGGUGCGGCUGCAAGUAAGACGGAGCUGUGA